UCACAUGGUAUUUCGAGUUACACACAUUGACGGUGUGCGUCUAUAUAGAUUGAACUGUUGAACUCGUGUUAUUCUUGAUCGUGUCUUUCUAUAAUCGUACUGAGUAAUCGUUAAAAUUAAAUAAUAAAUAGGAAGCUGACGUCGGCGAUAGGAAAAUCAUUUGUCUACGGAAUAUUCUAUCAGCGAGACAAAUGGUCAUUUUCCUUCUUCAAGACCAUUUUAAUUCAAGAACAAGAAAAUAUCCUUUGUGCUGAUAAAAAAAAUGAUACUUCGAUUGAACAUUCUUACCAUACUUUUAAUAUUUAGCAUAAUAUUAAUUGUGUCCACGAAGAAUCCAGAAAAAUCAAAAAAGAAAAAGUCCAACACGCCGAGUUUAAGUGGUAAUAAUCCAUUUCUUCCGGACCGAAAAGGAAAUAUAAAAUAUGAAAGGAAUCCUUUCUUGUCAAAUUCUGCAAUUGCACUAGAUGAAGUAAAUAACAAAUCACAUAAAGCAUCGAAAAAUCAUACUGCUAAUGUAGCUGUAAAUAAUAAACCACAUAAAGCAUCAAAGAAUCAUACUGCUAAUGUAGCUGUAAAUAAUAAAUCACAUAAAGCAUCAAAGAAUCAUACUGCUAAUGUAGCUGUAAAUAACAAACUACGCAGAGCAUCAGAGAAUCAUACUGUUAAUGCAGCUGUUUUCAUUCGCAAUAUUUUCUUACAAAGUAGUUUUAAUAUGAAUGAUAUUCCCAAGGAAGUUCAGACAAAUAGUCCAUAUAUCAAUAAAAAUGCAAAAAAUGACAAGAUAUCAAUAGCUCCAAGUGAAAUAAAUUCAUAUUUGGACACAGAUAAAACAAAGUCAGAACUUAAAUGUGAAGAAUAUGGAAGACAAUUUUUGGACACAACAGGGGUAUUGCCUUUGGUGGGUCAAAAUUCAAAAAUAAUUACAGUAAAUACUAAAAAAUGUGAGACAGUAAAUCGUCUUGUUAUUGGAGGUAUUAAUGCUUCUCCUGGAGACUUUCCUCACAUGGUUGCUCUCGGUGUAAAAACUACAGAUGGGUCAUUUACUUUUUCAUGUGGUGGCACUCUUAUUGCUCCAGAAUGGGUACUUACUGCUGCACACUGUACUUAUGGACCAAAAAGUCCUACAGACGUCCGUAUUGGUGUGCAUAAUUUAAGAGAUAAUGCACAAGGUAUCACAACUACAAUUAAUAAGAUAAUGCGUCAUCCAAGUUACAAACCUCCUGCUAUGUAUGCUGACAUAGCUCUCGUAAAGUUAAAUACAGUUGUUGUUUUUAAUAAUGAAAUAAGACCUGCUUGUUUAUACGAACAAUACGAUACUGUACCUGCGCAAGCAUGGGUCACUGGUUGGGGUGUUGCUGAUUCUGAUAUACCGGAACAAAGUGACCAAUUGCAAAAGGCUUCUCUUGAUAUUAUUGAUCAUAUAGCUUGUGCGAUAAAGUACAAUAAAUCAAUGACAGUGCCGUAUGGAAUUAUGCCAAGUAUGAUCUGUGCGGGAGAUUCUCGAGGUUGGAAAAAAGAUACUUGUCAAGGAGAUUCAGGAGGUCCUCUGCAAAUACCGCAUCCAAAAAAUGAAUGUCUGUUUCAACUAUUAGGUAUUACUAGUUUCGGAUUAGGUUGUGCGAUUCCCAAUACACCCGGGAUAUAUACUAGAAUUUCGCACUACCUCAACUGGAUUGAGGAUAAUGUUUGGCCAUAAAUUUCGUUUCGUAUUAUAAAUGAAUAUCUUACUUUACAAAGAUAAAGAAUUGUUUAUUUUUUGCAUUAUUUUGACUGAUUUAAACAUUAAAGUUUAAAAUGCAUUUGACACUGACAAUGCUUAGAAAUGUACAGUAAAUGUAAUGAUGUUUGAUAAAAGUAUUAUCGAUUGAUGUAUGUACAUAUCAAAUAAUCUUAUUAAUGUACAAAGUGAAUGUUCUUUUUAUAGUGAUAUUAAAGUUUUCAGACAAUAUUAUAUCGUUUGAAAUAUGUGCACAUAGCAGUAUAUAACUGUAGUAGUAUAGUAUGACUAGAUUUUUAAAUCUGUAAAAAUGACUUCAUCAUCAGUAACUUAACUAUUGCCAUUAUUAGGCAUAGAAAUUAUACUCAAGAUAUUUUUGUAUCAUGAAUAGUCUUCCAUGUAAGACCAUCUCCAUAUGGUCCGUGAUUAGAUGGAAAAAGUAUGUGCCACCAACUUCUGCUAUAUCAAAUCCAUGUAUAAUAAUAAUUGUAAAAUAAUUGUAAAAUAUUUAUUAAUAAAUAUUUGGUCUUCCAAA